AAACGUACUGGGCUGGUGCAGUGCAGAGGGGGUGAUCUAUUAGUUAGGGCAAAAUAAGGUUACAAAUCAGAACUCACCGUAGUCUGUAACUUCAAUAAAAAUAUAUUAUUUUUUUACUACUUUUAGAUUGUAUUUUCUACGCAGCCAAGAUGACCACCGCAGUGGUUUCGCCUUUCUACGACUUCAGCGAAGUAAUGAACAAGAACGACAAGAUGCUGAAUUACAACAACAACUUACUGAGUGCCCCCCAUCAUCCGAUAUCCACCAACAUCCCCAUGUCUAUCACCAACCCCACCGGAGCCCUGCUGGACAGGAAGGCUGUGGGGACCCCCUCGCUGGGCUGCGGGCUGUCAGUCUACAAGAGACGCCACUCUGUCACCCUCCCCAACCAUGACCCCAGCUCCAAGUUCAACCAGAACCAGUUCCUUAACAGCCUGAAGACCAUAGACCACUCCUCCUGCUCCAUCACCUCGCGUUUUAUUGGAAGUGGUAGCAGCAGCAAGGAGAAUCGCAUGAGGGACCGCUCUUUCUCUGAGACGGGUGAGCGGCUCCUACACCAGUGCAUGGGGCCUGCUAGUCCUACCAGCCUAGGAGCCCAGAGCCAGCAGCAGAGCCAGGUCAACUCCAGUCGCUACAAGACGGAGCUGUGCCGGCCGUUUGAGGAGAAUGGAGCCUGUAAGUAUGGCGACAAGUGUCAGUUCGCCCAUGGCUUCCACGAGCUGCGUUCUCUCAGCCGCCACCCUAAAUACAAGACAGAGCUGUGUCGUACCUUCCACACAAUCGGAUUCUGCCCCUACGGUCCUCGCUGUCACUUUAUCCACAAUGCAGAGGAGCGCCGUGGACCCCCUCCCUCCCCCUCAUCCUGCUCCUCCUACUCUCCUCUCUCCAAUAAGUUGGAGCGUCCUCGUCUGCAGCACAGCUACAGCUUCGCAGGGUUCCCCAGCUCUGGGGGACUGAGAGGAGGGGACAGCCCAACCUCCGUCACCCCUCCACCUAUGUUCUCCCCAGACGAUAUGCCUGAGUGGCCGAGCUCCAACCUCUUCACGUACUCCAGUCAGGAGCUGGCCAAUCUGUUCGGCCCCAGCCUUGGAUCCGGAGGCCCCGUGGGGACUGAUCCCAAAGCCCCUGCACCCCCGUCCCAGAACAACACCCCCUACUUCUUCAGGCCCAUGUCGGAGUCCCCCACCCAGAUGUUUGCAUCUCCGUCCAGCCCGCCCCAGGACUCUCUGUCGGACCAGGACGGGUACCAGAGCAGCUCGGGGGGCAGUCUCAGUGGGUCAGAAUCCCCCAGCCUGGAUGCCAACAGACGCCUCCCAAUCUUCAGCCGCCUCUCCGUAUCUGACGACUAGACGGCAGCUAUUUAAUGUAUCUUAUCCACGCUGCCCUUGAAAAAAGGACAGAAAGGUAUAAUGAAUGGGAAAUGGCACUCCCCUGUCCCCUCGACAACCAUCCCCUGACCCCUCUCCUCCACAAAUCAAUAUACAUUUAGUUCCUAGUUAGAA